AUGACUCAUGAGGAUUGGGAUCUCUUUGCCAUAGUUAGAAGUUGUAAAGCUGCCACCUUUACUGCAACCACAAACACAGAAACCCCACCCACCACCACCACUCCUAGAUCCCCAAACACUGACUCUUGCUUGGAUGUGAGCCAAGAACAUGGCUCAUUCUCUUUUCCCAAUCUUGUGCAACCAACAACCAAUGAGUUUCAAGAACUUCACCAGUUGCUAAUAAACUUCAACCCCACCACUACCACCAUUUCUAGCACUAUCUCUAGUGGUAUUGGCAUCAAUCCCAAUUCCACUUUUUCUGACGUUGCGGGAUUCAUUGGACAACAGCAGAUACCACAAGGUCAUCACCAUCAUCUAGUUCCUGCUCCGACAAAUCACACCUCCAUUGGAGCAUCCUCCGCUACUGGUUUUGACAGAUUCCAACACCAUCACCGUCACCACCAACAUCAACCCCUAACCCCAGAACAACAGCAACAAAAGCAAAACCAACCACACCUUCACGCACCCCAAACAAGUCCCACCCUUUCACCAACCACACAACCACAAACACACAGAUCGAGAAAGAGAAAAAACCACCAGAAGAAAAUGGUGUGCCAUGUAACCGCAGACAACCUCUCAGCAGACUUAUGGGCAUGGCGAAAAUAUGGACAAAAACCAAUCAAAGGCUCUCCAUAUCCAAGAUGUAGUAGCUGCAAAGGCUGUGCUGCGAGAAAGCAAGUGGAGAGAAGCACCACCGAACCCAACACGUUCAUCGUGACCUACACCGGCGACCACAAACACGCCAAACCCGUUCACCGGAACUCCCUCGCCGGAAGCACCAGAACCAAGCCAUCCCCGACCCGUUUACCCGAAACCCAUGAAGCUAUCUCUAGUCUCAAAAUAGAAAACGCCCGUUCAUCGACUUCUGAGCUUUCUUUCACGUCGUUAAAGUCCGGCUUGCCGGAAAACGAGGAAACGGUCGCCGCCGGCGAAUCCGAUUGCGUGGAGAUGGAAACUGACCCUGAUGCAAUCUCCGAAAACGACGACGACGACGUUUUGAUACCCAACACGGGUGCCAUGUCGGACGCUGUUCUCUUGGGGUUAACCAAUAAUGAGUUGAAAACAAACGGGUUGGAUCCGACUAGCGUUUCAAGGUGA